GUCAUAGUUAUACUUUCACUUUCACUUUGGUCUAUAUUGUCAAAAUGUUUCUUGUUGGUUUAACUGGAGGAAUUGCCUCUGGAAAAUCGACAGUGUCAAACAUGUUCAGUGAACUUGGUGUUCCCAUUGUAGACGCUGACUUGAUUGCAAGGGAAGUCGUGGAGCCUGGUACACCAGCCUUAGCAAAGAUAAUUGCAAAGUUUGGUCGAGAAGUUUUGCAAUCUGAUGGAACCCUUGAUAGAGAAAAACUUGGGGCAAUUAUUUUUGCUGACUCUACUAUGCGAAAGGAGUUGAACCGCAUCACCCAUCCAGAGAUAGGAAAAGCAAUGAUGUGGAAAGUUGCAAGGCUCUUCAUUCAAGGUAACCAGUUUGUCAUCCUGGACCUGCCACUGCUGUUUGAGACGAGGAAUCUACUUUCAUACCUUUCCUACACCAUAGUUGUCUCAUGCUCUGCUGGACAGCAGCUGUCCAGACUCCAGGCCAGGGACAACUACCCUGAGAAAGAGGCAAAGCAGAGAAUAAAUGCUCAAAUGCCAUUGGACGAAAAAUGUCUACUAGCAACUGUUGUCAUUGACAACAGUAACAGUAUCAAGGAAACCAGAGAACAGGUUUUGAGUGUCUAUCAGCAGUUCAAGAGCAGUAGAAAACAUUGGAAGUUCAGAUUGGCCAUUUUGGCUAUGAUAGGUGUGUUGUCAUAUUCUGUAUUGUACUUUUUGUGGUGAUGACUGAAAUAUGACGAAGUAUUUCUUCUUUACACAUGCACCAGGGCUGUGAUAAAAUUAAUGCAUUACAUAGUCCAUACAUUAACUUGUGUCUAUGACCAAAUUUACUCAAUUUAUAUAUAGUAUUCAAAUUUCAGGAAAGUCAGAGCUUCAUAUUCACCGUGUGCACUUGGUUUGUGAAUUUGCUAUGUAACAUAUGUCUUACAAUACCGUAUGGUCCAUUUACUUUGUUUGUUUCUUAUGAAAAUCAUUUAAAUGAUCAUUUAAAAUUGCCUGAGAUCAUUGCAGAAAGUAGAAUUCUGACAUACAUACAUGCAGUUUACUGUUUGAAUGACACACUGUUUUAUUGUACUGUUGGAAUGACACACACUGUAGUAUUGUACUGUUCAAAUGACACACACUGUAUUAUUUUGUACUGUUCGAAUGAUACUCACUGUAUUAUUUUGUACUGUUCGAAUGAUACACACUGUAUUAUUUUGAACUGUUUGAAUGAUAUACACUGUAUUAUUUUGAACUGUUCGAAUGAUAUACACUGUAUUAUUUUGUACAGUUCAAAUGAUAUACACUGUAUUAUUUUGAACUGUUCCAAUGACACACACUGUAUUAUUUUGAACUGUUCAAAUGAUACACACUGUAUUAUUUUAAACUGUUCGAAUGAUACACACUGUAUUAUUUUGAACUGUUCCAAUGACACACACUGUAUUAUUUUGUACAGUUCAAAUGAUACACACUGUAUUAAUUGAACUGUUCCAAUGAUACACACACACACACUGAUUUUGUACUGUUAAAAUGACGCACACUUUUAUUGUACUGUUGGAAUUAUGCGAACAGUUUCGUAAACAGUAUUAUUGUACUGUUCAAAUAUGCCCACUACAUAAUUGUAGUUUGAAUGAUGCACACUUUUUGUUCUGAAAAUAUAUUUAAGAGA